AUGAGUUUCCGGGGUAGGCCCAAUGAGGAUCCAAAUGCUCACCUUACCAAUUUCAAGAUGAAUUGUAAGGCGAUAAAGAAAGGGCCGGGAAUCACCACGGAAGAUGAGCUCCUUGAGGCUUUCCCAUACUCACUCAUGGAGAGAGCAAGAGAUUGCCUCUACACUCUUGAGCCAAACUCCAUUUCAUCUUGGGAUGAGAUGGAGGAGCAGUUCCUUAUGCAAUACUAUUCACCCACCAAAACUCAACACGCAAGGAAUCGGAUCAAUGCUUUUAUACAAGAGGAUGGGGAGAAUCUUCAUGAUGCAUGGGAACGAUUUAAAGAAUACCAAAGGAUGUGCCCUCACCAUGGAAUGGAACGAGAUUACAUCCUAUCUAUCUUCAUUCAUGGAUUAAAGGAUGACACUCGAUCAUGGAUCGAUGCGACAUGUGGGGGUGACAUCUAUGACAUCCCUUUUCAAGAGCUAGAAGCAACAAUUGCAAAGUUGGCCAAAGGGCGAGGCCAUACAUCAAAUGAGUUCAGUAGGAGGGGCUCAACAAAGGGAGAUGCGGGAGAAAGAGCAGCACUCAAGGCAAUGUUAUCUGAACUUGCUGAGAUACAGAUACAACUUGCAAACAGUAAGCAAGUAGCAGCUAUAGAGGAGCCAAGUUUAGCACAAAUCCAACCGGGGAUGUAUUUGGUCAAUCAAGAAGCGGAGGAAGCCAAUUAUGUUGGCCCAAACCAAUACAACCACCCUUCCAACCUAUACCAUCCUGGGUUAAGGAACCACCCAAACUUCUCCUACAAGAACCAAACAAAUGCAAUGAACCCGCAAUCGACAUUUCAACGGAGCAACCAAGGACCCCCGGGGUUUCAAUCUAAGUUCCAGCAACAAGUCCAAGGAAACCAAGGUUAUCAAGGAACAUCGAACUAUAGACAACAACAAGAGCAACCAAAAGAUCAAGAUCCCGAGAUCAAGGACAUGCUGAUGCAAAUUCUCCAAGGGCAAAAGUCACAAGGAAUCUCUAUCGGAAACAUCGAGAAUGAGCAAAUUGUAUUCAAAAAGCAAUUGGAAGGAGUACAAGCUCAUUUAAAGAUUUUGGACAACCAAGUGGCACAACUCUCAUCUUCCUCAUCGAGACAACAAGGUACUCUUCCGGGAAAGAUUGAAGUGAACCCUCGAGAGCACAUUAAUGCAGUGGAAUUGAGAAGUGGAAAGCAACUCCCGGAAAUCGGUCCACCCAUGAGCGAAAAAGCACUAACACCAAGGCUAACGAGGGAAGAGAAAGGCAAAGCGGUGGAAGAAAGCGACUCCACGAUGAACACCCAGGAAAAGGAGCCGGCCUACAUUCCUCCACCACCUAAGGUACCCACAAUCCCUUUUCCCUCUCAUUUGAAAAAGUUCAAUGAAGAAAGUCAGUUUGGAAAGUUUGCGGAGAUGCUGAAAAAGAUGGAGAUUACGAUGCCAUUCCAUGAAGCGAUUCUCCAAAUGCCUUCCUAUGCAAAGUUUCUAAAGGAUAUUUUGACUAAGAAGCGAGUGGUAGAAAAGGAAACGGUGGCCUUAAGCACUGAAAUCAGUGUCGCCAUUACAAGACACGAGCUCCCUCCGAAGAUGUCGGAUCCGGUAAGCUUCUCCAUACCUUGCAAGUUGGGCAACAUUGAGAUAGAUCGAGCUCUAUGCGAUCUGGGAGCGAGUGUAAGUCUUAUGCCUUUGUCGAUCUACAAGAAGCUGAAUAUAGGGGAAUUGAAAUUGAGAUAG